AUGUCCUCAUUUCUCUUAAAAUCAUCAUUUGGUUUUGCAGCAGGGUUUUCUAUAGUAUGGCUCGGCAUCCCAGAAGCGCAGUGAUCUGAUUUCAGCAGCUACACAUACAAGCCAACAUCUAGUUCUUUGAAAUACUUGAUAGAGACAAUGAAAUAUUAUUCCCCGAAAGAAAUGAAUAGGAGAAAGCAAGAAGAAGCCUUUAAUAUGAAAGGAGACAAGCUUACUGAUCUUAUACAGAUUAUCCCCACUAAAGAAGAGGAAGAAUUUAAUAAGAGAAGAGUCAAGUUCUUUAAUGAGCUGCAAAAUAGGAUUAGGAAGGAAGAACAGAGGGCAACUAUUAGAGGACUCACAAAAAAGGAGAGAGAACAGAUUAUUAAGGAAACCAUGGAAGAAUUUUUCCCUGAAGCUUUUCCAAAUGCACUUGAAAUUGUAAAGAAACAGCUGGAAAAAGAGGGCAUAAAAUAA